AUGUCAGGCUCGUUGACUGAUGGGCCAGGGUCAGUCCAGAAGCAUGAUGCUGAUAGAAUGUUCAUUGAGUUUGCACUUGAUCAAUCCGAGAGGUUUCCGACCUUGAAUCGGUGGAUACAAAUGCAAACUAAUCUUCACCGAGUUUCGGAGGUAGCUGUAACUGCUGAGCAUUCAGUUAAUGAUGGAAUUGAGGCGAAAACUUAUGUGAAGAGGUUUCGGGAGCAUGAUAGUGAUUCUGAUUUAGAACAUGAUGAGCUGGCGGCGGUUGGCACCAGCAGCCUUUCUGUUCUUACAGACACUACAAAUGAAAGUGGUAUAUGGCAAGAUUCACCCAAGUCAGAAGCUUCUGAAAUUGAUACAACAGUUUUUCUAUCUUUUGGAUGGGAGAAUGAAAACCCGUAUGAAAAAGCUGUUGAAAAAUUUGAAGUUGGUAAAAAAGACACUUCACUUACUUGCGAUAGAGACAAAUCUUUAGGAAUUGAAAAACCUGGUACCUGA